AUCGCCGCAUCGGGUGUAUCGUACCAGUGGUUGUGUGAUAGCGAGAUGAUGUGCUAAAAAUUGUUGAUUGCUUAUCAUCCCUUCGGCAAUUGGAACCUGUUGAAAUCAAUUAACGCAGGCGAGCGUAGGUCAUUUGAGCAAAAACUAAGAAGCGAACCAGAGAGACAGCAAAAAACGAAGCAGUGAUCUUGAACUUCAUAGAAUACAAAUGCUCCGCGGUGGUAUAUUUUGAACCAGAAGAAGUGAAGUCAGAAUCGACGCAAGGAAUUCAUUGAAAGAAAAGUGGCAAAUUCGCACAACAUUGUGCGUGUUGAAAGUCUAAAAAUACGGUGUGCGCGAUAAAACAGGAGGUGUGAGUGUGACAUUGCGAACCACGUAAACAGAGAUUUGCGGCAUCAAAAUCUAUUGCAUCGGUGCCUACUUAGUGGCCGGUCUUAUCUAUCCGAACCGAAAGCUGAUUGAUCGCUGCGUGGGAUAAUGGCGCGCGUAGAUAUUGGAACAAUUGCAAAUGUCGCUGCACCUCGGAUGUUGCUCUUCUUCGUCACUUUCAUCCUGUACUUUUCGCUGAUUGGCCUCACCGAACGAAGCACCAUAGAGUCUACCAUUCUAAAAUGUCUGCCCAUCGUAAGUCUAUGGAUCUUUGUCCUGCUAACCGGGUUCAAACUGAAGAAAAGCCACCGCUAUAAGCACCUCAUCCUGAUCGGGUUGAUAUUCUCCUGCUCGGGUGACAUCCUUCUCAACUAUGACCUGUUCGAAGCCGGUAUGGCCGGCUUCGGAGUGGCACAAAUCUUCUACAUAUCAGCGUUUGGAUUCCACCCGGUGAAACCAUGGUUCGCUCUUCCCCUGUACGGUUUGGGUGCGACAGCCGUGGGUUUCAUGUUCGACAAUCUGCCACUCGUCAUCAAGAUAUGUCUUCCAAUCUAUGGCAUCCUGCUGCUAACCAUGUGCUGGCGUUCGCUGGCUAGGAUCGAUUCUGCCAAGAACAUCCUCCGAAUGACCUGUGGAGUUGGUAGCAUACUGUUCAUGAUAUCCGACAGUAUUAUUGCGAUCGACAAGUUCUACACCCCGAUUCGCAAUGCCCAGGUUGCCAUCAUGGUUACGUACUAUGUGGCCCAGUUUGGAAUUGCACUGAGUGUCAUCGAGCAAUCGGGCCCAGCCAAAACUGCCAAAUCCUCCUCCUCCAAGCAAAGCCAAAACGAUGGAGUAGAGAAUGGUAUUGAACCAUGAUAGUGUUAAAAUGUUUAAAUUUAACUAGAAAACAAAUCAAAAUUAUAGACUGUGAUCUACUAUCUUCCCUCGAACUUUGAGGAUCAACCACCAAUCCAAGUGUUUGUGAAGCGGCGAGAAGUUGUCGGUUUGGGAUUCAAAUGCCUCUCAAACAUGGUGUUUUGUUUCAACUGUUCUUGGUAAAACUAGAAACGAAACAAGAAACUUAGAAAUACAAUGCAGUUGUCAUCCCUUAGAUGUUACCUUUAACCUAGUUCAAGGAAAUUGUAUCAAGAAAAAAAAAGUAGACAAAAUGAGACUGUGUAUGUUGUUUUAGAGGUUAGAAAGUUUUACUCUUGAUGAAAGAAAAAUAUAACUUUAAUGUUCCUGAAA